AUGGUGCAACUGCGCAACGACGGAACUCUGGGCACUUCUUCCGAGGAGGAGGAGGAGGAAGAUGACGUUCCGGUGAGACGCGGAGGCUUCCGGAUGGUUACUCAAACGGUGGGAGGUGGUCAAGUGCAAGCACAGCCAGGUCCGUUCUUUUGUUUACGUGAGAUCGCUUUGUACUUGAUGUUCCUAUUACAUUGAAUUUAAGAUUUCUAUUUAUUUGAAAGAUGUUUUAAUUAUCGCAUUGAUAUUGAAUUCACUAUCAUAUUAUACAAAGUUUUUACAGUGUUUGAAAGCUGUUACACACUACUAUAAUUUUUCUUUUUCUACUAUUAAUUCUAUUCAAUGCCCACUACAACUACAGUUUUAGCUCAAUCAUCUGCUCAAGAUGAAGCGCUAAGCAGGCAAUUGGAAGCAGCACAAAAGGCCAAGGAGAAUGCUGCACGGCUUCAGGCUGAAGCCAGAGCUCGUGCCGAAGCCGCCAGACAAGAAGCGAUCGCUCGAUAUCAAGCCGAACUGGCAGCUGCAAACAAAGCCCUGGAUCAAAGAGAACAGACCCGUCAAGAUCAACAGGAAGUGAAUCAAGCCCAACAACAAGCCAUGAAAGCUCGUGAAGAAGCGCUGAAACAACAACAAGAAGCUGCCAGGAAACAAGCGGCCGAGCGGGCACAGAAAGUCAAAGUAAGAUAGGAUGACAUAUUUGAAAGGGGUUUACAGUUCAAAACACCUUAAUAAAAAAGUUACUGAUUUCAAAGUAAUAUUUCAAAUUGAUUGUUAAAAUAUUUUAGGAGCAACAAGAAUUGGCCAGAAAACAAGCUGAAGAACGAAACGCUCAGCUAAAGGCUCAACAAGAAGCUGCUCGUAAACAAGCACAAGAACGUGCACAACAACAACAACAAGCUGCUCAACAAAAACAACAGCAAGCUGCUCAGCAAAGACAGCAACCUCAGGAGCAACAAAAGCCCGCACAACCACAACAACAAGUGCAACAACAGAAACCACAAGCUGCUCAACCUUCAGCUCAACAGAAACCUCAACCAGUUCAACAACAACGACCAGGACAACCACAGCAGCCCGUGCAGCAACAGAAGCCACAACCCCAACAAAACGCAAAGCCUGUUCAACAACCGACUCCAGUACAACCAAAACAACCGGUACAACAACAAAAGCUUGCUCAAAUCCAACAACAGCAGUCAGCUCAGCAACAACCUCAGCAGCAGCAACCUCAACAACCACGGCCUGGUCAACAGCCAGUCCUACAGAAACCUGUACAGCCCCAGCAACCACAAAGGCCAGGGCAGCCACAACAAAAUAUCAAUCAGCCGGUACAACAACAGAAGCCUGGCCAACCUCAACAACAAGUUCAGAGACCCGGUCAACAAUCGGCACAACAACAGAAACCUGGACAACCUCAGCAACAAGUUCAAAGGCCUGGCCAACAGCCAGUACAGCAACAGAAGCCCGGACAACCCCAGCAACAACAACGUCCAGGACAGCCACAACAACCUGUACAGCAACAACAACAACGACCUGGUCAACCACAACAAGUUCAACAAAAGCCAGGACAACCACAACAACAGCAUAGACCGGGACAGCCACAACAACAACCACAACGAGCUGGUCAGGCCGCGCAACCGCAACGGCCGAACGCUCCGCCGGCGAAGCCAGCUGGGACGGCGAACGGAACGGUAGCGACCGGUCGAACGGGUAAACAAGCUCCCACCGUUCCCCGAGUUCAGGGAGCGGGUCGGAGUGUGUCGCCCCAAAAGACAGCUGUCUCGAGUGCUCAGGGCGCCGCCCCGCUUUCAGCCGAUCGCCCAGGCCGCCACAUUCUCGCCCGCACAACGCCGAGAAUGGCCGGUCAGCCGCCCCCGGACAACGAGGAACAGCAGGAGCUGGGCCAAGCUCCCAAAGUGCAGUGCUUGGUGAGUUCAUCAUCUACAAUAAUAUAAUUUUUUCUUCAAUUUGACGAAAUUUUAAAAAUUUAUAAUUUGAAUAAUUUUUUAAAGAAAGGCGGAAAAAUUAAUGGAUCUACCUGAUAAUUUAAUUUUAAUCUUUCGAGUAAGCUCGUUUUUGUUAUUUUACAUUAAGCUAACUCAAAGUAAUUAAUGCUAUAGAUAAUAUCAUAGUAUGUUAUUCUUUAAGCUUUUUAUUUGUUUUUUAUUGAUCACCUUUAUCUCGUCUGAAACCCGAUACCCGCCUUAUCGCUGGUAAUACAAUCUCAAGUUCUGGAAUCGAAUCUUUGCGCGUUCUGAUCACUUCAAUGUUUCAGCAAGAUUCUGCAUGGGUCACGCAACAGCGCGUCUUCGAAGAGGUUCCUGACGUUCAGCCUGAGCGUCUCCAGUUCGAGGACUUCUUGCACGAAUCCGAGAACACUGUGAGUUGAUUUUUAUGACAAAAACAUGCGAUUUACCUUAUUUAUCACCAUUUAACAACGAUUUUUUGUGAAAAGAUGGGUUAAUUAACCUUGAAGUAGAUAGUUUAUACCUAAAAUUAUAACAAAUACAGCAUUUUUUUAAAUUCAGGUUAAUAAAUAGGUAAUAAUAAUCUUAUAUUACCAUGAAUAAUCGAUUUAGAAUACCUUUAAACCUCCUAUUUCAGAACAAGGUAAUCGUACCCACGGCCGUUCAGUACGAGCGUGCCAAGUGGGAGUUCCCCGAAGAAGAGGAGAAGCCACGUGAGUCAGUUCCUCGAGUCAAGGCUCAGGAUUGGGUAGCUGUCAACGAUACCGAACAUCCCGUACUGAAGACCGAGUACCAGAGCAACCGCAUCCAACGUGCCUGGCCUCCACCGGGCUACGGCGAAGAGGAACAGUUCGAUCUUCAGUAGGUUUUCGAGGGUUUUUGGGAGGUUUUUGAAGGUUUUUGUUGUUUUUAUUCGCCAGUAGGAUUGUUUCUUUGAUAGUCAGGGAGGGUUGGAUAUCAUUUCUUGAUUUUUUCUUCUUGUUGCUGUUCAUUUUUUUACCAAAAUACCUAAGUUUAUCUGCUUUUUGAACAAAAAUCCCUAUUUUUUGACUGAUCUCACUACUUUUUACCGCUUUUCUUGCAGUAUUUUAAACCUUAAACAGUUAAAACCGUUAUAUUAUCCUUCUAAAAGCCCAGACUAUUUGUUUAUAAGCAGUAGCGUGAAGUAAUUUCUCAGAGAUUACUGUUUGCAAGCGUUUGAAGAGCUCUUCCCAGCAAUUGUUUAUGAAGAAGAGGGAUGGAUAACAUUUCCAGAACUCUUUUAUAUCCGUUCUUUAUCUUUUUUCUGUUUUCAGACGUGCCAGCCAGGUUAAGACCAAGGAAGAUGGGGCUUGGCUGCAAGGACAACAGGUGCGCUAUCAUUUAUUAGCUUUAAUCACACGUUUGAUCCUUGACUUUUCAUGAGAUGCCGGUUGAAAGUGGCAGUUAAAGCAAAUACUAUUGAAGUUUAAAAUAGUAUAUUACAAGGAUACUAUAAUAAAUUUUAUAAUGAAAUAAUUGCUACAAACAAAAGCUUUAAGCCAUGGGUAACAUAUUAUUCAAAGCAAAGUCAAUAUAAACCACAAUAACAAGCGUAAAGAUCGGAAGUCAACGAAUAAUUUCAGACCGCAGAAGAACAAGAAGGCAAAGUAGGUAACGCUCCAUGGUCUGGCCUCAGCCAGAAGACCGACCGUGUCUGGCCGCCUCCAGAAACCGAAUUGGAACAGCGACAAUGGUCGGGAGGCCCACGACUCGACGUCCAAUGGCCACCACCGGAGUUCGAGGAGAAAGCCCAGAAGAACGUCGAGAUUAUCCAGACUCACUACCCAGCCAAGUCCAAGAACAUCCAAUGGCCACCAGUCAAGCCUGGCCAAGAGCCUGGAGAACGUAGGUGUUUAGAAGCUUGGAGCACAUUUCUUUUUAUUUUUGAGGUAGGGGUGGGUAUGGAGCUACAUUUUUGAAAGUGACAUUGUUUAUUUGAAAGCCUAGUUUUUUUUUGAUAAGAUUAGAGAGAUAAAGGCCUUCAAAAGUUCUUACAAUCAGACCAUUUGCACAGUGCAGUUGUUUCUGUAGCUUCAUGUCAUAUAAUAUAUUUUUUUUGAUGAAACUUACAAUGACAAUUCCAAAUUGUCUUCCGUAUUAUCCUAGAUCAAACUUGACUUUUAAAAAUUGAAAAAGUUUUAUUGAUUUUUGACUUGUUUAUUUCACUUACAGUACCCGAAGAAACGCCUGCCACCUACGCCUAA